UAACUAUAUGCAGACCUCUCUUUUAGCAGAAACAUCCUCACGUUAUAUUUGAAGCUCGAACAAAGGCUAACAAAGGCUGCGCUAACGCGGGGAAUCUUGACUGGCGUCCAAAGAACCGCCGGCAGAAGCAUGUUCUGGGGCUAUCGGAGACCACUUCCGAUCGAUACAAGAGAGACGUCCGUGAAGCAACCAAAUACAUCGAAACUGCCAUCAUUAUCGAUAAGGCUAUGUUCGAGAAGAGGAACGGUAGCACCAGAGCCGAGGUUGUCCACGAUGCCAUCCAAGUCGCCAAUAUCGCGGACAUGUAUUUCCGUACGUUAAACACUAGAGUCUCCGUCAUAUACAUCGAAACCUGGCAGGGCAGGAACCAGGCGGACAUCACCGCGGGCAUGGAUAUCGGUGUCGCUUUGCUCAAUUUAAACGAUUACGCGAUGCGAAGGAUGUUCCAAGUUUCUCAAGACACCACGCAGCUACUCACGGGUGAAACGUUCUACGGAGAAUCGGGGGUGGCCGUACCUUCGACCGUCUGCAAACAGAAAUCCGUAGGGAUCAGCGUCGACUUGAACACCUACGAGCCUCAUCUUUUAGCUGGUACUAUGGCUCACAUGAUCGGCCACAAUAUCGGCAUGAGCCACGACGACGGAAGAAGCGAGUGCAUCUGCCGCGAAUGGCACGGAUGCAUCAUGGCUCAAUCGAUCGUGGGCUUGGAGAACGUUCAGCCGUACACGUUUUCCGAGUGUAGUAAAACAGAUUACAUAGAGUCGUUAAGAAGCGGCAACGGCUUCUGUCUUUUGAAUAAACCAAACGAGGUGGAAGUAAGGAGAUCUUGCGGAAACAGGGUAAUCGACGACGGGGAACAAUGCGACUGCGGAUCGAUCGAGGAGUGCCACAAUCUCGAUCCUUGCUGCGAUCCCAUCACCUGCAGACUCACCUCGGAAGCGCAAUGCGCGUCCGGCCCUUGCUGCAGCGAUUGCAAGCUACUGGCGCGUGGCGUCGUUUGCCGGGAGUCGACCAACGAAUGCGAUUUACCGGAAGUCUGUACCGGUGAGACCGGUCAAUGCCCACAAGAUGUCUACAAGAAGAACGGCAAUCCCUGCUCGAACAACUCCGGAUACUGUUACAACGGCGUUUGCCCGGCGUUGGAUCUUCAGUGCGAGCAGAUCUGGGGAUACGGCGGCACUGCCGCUGAUGAACAGUGUUUCGAGCAAUUCAACUCCAAGGGCUCGCUCAGCGGACACUGUGGUACCGACACUUCCGGUCACUACAUCAAGUGUGAGCUAGAGAACGUCCGUUGUGGAUCACUGCAGUGUCAGCAGGGUAGCAAGCAGCCAAUGAUAAUCGGAAUAGAUCACUCGAGAACCAUAAUCUCGACAAAAGGCAAGGAGUACGAGUGCAAGUCCACGACCGGGAAAGUGGAGGGAUCCGAGAUGCCUGGCAUGGGGUUGGUUCGCGACGGGACAUCCUGCGGUGACAACUUGAUUUGCGUGAACCAAACGUGCAUGAGCCUCUACCCGCUGAUAGGCAACGAGAAGUGUCCCAGCAAUCACAAUAACAACGAAUGCUCGGGAAACGGCGUAUGCACGAACAUGAACAAGUGCUACUGCAACCUUGGAUGGAGUGGACCGGAUUGUUCCAUACAGCAGGAAAUUCCAACUUUGCCGCCGACAACGUCUAGCACUGAAUCAGCUGGUAAAAAUAGUUCAGAUCCUAAAUUAGUGAAGAAAGAGACCCCCUACGAGAACUACCACGGCUCUAACACUGUAUUUUUAGUUGGUGUGCUCAUGUCGGUGGUAGGGGGUGUUUUCAUAGUAUUUGCUCUGAUGGCUCUCUGCUACAGGUCAGUCGUAGUACAUAAAAACUACUCCCUCUGUCUCAGGAAGAGCACCGUCCAGAAGUACGACCAACCGUACGUGAAGAAACCGCCGCAGAGGAGUUACAUGGUUUCCGGCGUCUCCGGAAACCAUCAUCCGGGACACGCGGUCCUGGACAACGUCAACAGCAAGAUCCUCACCUUUAACAGUAUGCCGAAUGUCAGCCGCGGCGAGACCCAGCGCGUGGUGUUUCGACCCCCGAAUAGCGUCGCCACCGCAGACGGGCCAAGAGUCAAGGAGCAUAAAUCGCAGAUGAAGAGGCCCGGUAUGGCCGACGAAGACGGAGAUACGGGACCGGACGAGGUCGUCUCAUUCAUCGAUUUGCAACAGAACAGUCUGAAGUUGCCUGAAAAGGGAAUAUUAAAGAAACACGGUAGUUACGGUAUGGAAAGAGGUGCGGUAGCCAACGUUGAGCGCACGUUAGAUCAGCUGAACGGUUACCACGAGCACAUUAUCGAGGCACUGAGAAUGGCGGCGAACCAACGGGAGACGUCGGGAACAACAUCGACCGGCGGGAACGCGAUGGACGACGAAGCGCUGACGGAACCUCUGACGGAGCUGCUGACGGAACAUCUGCCAGAGUGCUAUCCAACGGACACGUACCGCAAAGACAUCAUAAAGCAUAUCGA